CCAGCAGGGGGCGUGACCGGAGCAGCACCGGGGGCGUGGCCUGGGUGGGGGCGUGGCCGAGGCGGGGGCGGGUCCCGGGAAACUUGAGUGUCCGCCCCCGGCCGCGCGCCCCGCCCUCAGCCCCCGCCUCUGGGUCCCGCCUUCGCGUCCUUUCCUCCGCGGGGCUGGCAGGCGGGCUGCGGCGGCUGCAGGCGGCGGAGGGGCUGACCGGCGGACGCCUUCACCUCGCUCGCUUGCUCCCUCGCUUGCGGCCGCUCCCUUUUGUCUUUGUGGGCGGCGAUGAGCUUAGGGCCGGCGCAGCGGCUGCGGGCGCACCAAGGCCCGCGCUCCUAGCCACCUUCCCCGCCUCGGCGCACUCGUCCCGGCCAGCGGCCCGCGCCCGCCCCAGCUCCCGCCGCGCAGAACUUGAGCUCGGGAAGCCGGCGGACCGCGUCCUGCGCCGGAGCAGGGCAUGGUCUAGCAGCCCCUCAAGGAACCAGCCCAGGAGCCUCUGAGCCAUCUUCUGCUUCUGCCUCCAACUGACUUUGGGGCAGAGAGACAUUGAGAGGGAAGGAGAAGAUAGGGAGAAAGAGACACCUGCAGCCCAGCUUCACUGCUCAUGAAACUUCUCCCCUGCACGUAGGGGCUGGGGUUUGAACCUGUGUGCUUGCACAUGGUGUAGCCCCAGCCCCUCACCAUCAUGGGCAAGCAGAACAGCAAGCUGCGGCCCGAGGUGCUGCAGGACCUGCGUGAGAACACGGAGUUCACAGACCAUGAGCUGCAGGAGUGGUACAAGGGCUUCCUCAAGGACUGCCCCACUGGCCACCUGACCGUGGACGAGUUCAAGAAGAUCUACGCCAACUUCUUCCCCUAUGGCGACGCCUCCAAGUUCGCCGAGCACGUCUUCCGCACCUUCGACACCAACGGCGACGGCACCAUCGACUUCCGGGAAUUCAUCAUUGCACUGAGUGUCACCUCCCGGGGCAAGCUGGAGCAGAAGCUCAAAUGGGCCUUCAGCAUGUAUGACCUGGAUGGCAACGGCUACAUCAGCCGCAGUGAGAUGCUGGAGAUCGUGCAGGCGAUAUACAAAAUGGUAUCCUCUGUGAUGAAGAUGCCAGAGGAUGAGUCCACCCCUGAGAAGCGUACAGACAAGAUCUUCAGGCAGAUGGACACGAACAAUGACGGCAAACUGUCGCUGGAAGAAUUCAUCAAAGGUGCCAAGAGCGACCCGUCCAUCGUGCGGUUGCUGCAGUGCGACCCCAGCAGCGCCAGUCAGUUCUGAGGGCUCUGGCUUUGGGACAGUUACAGAGAAACAAAGGCUUGUCUCGCCAUUUCUGCUUCGCUUGCAAAAGUGGAUACCUCUUCAGUCAUUCCCACUCUCCUGGGACCAGGGCCCAGGCCACCCUGUGUGUCCCUCCCGCCCCCUUCUGGCCCCCAGCCCCAGGCCCACCCUCCCAGGGAAGUUUCUACACAGGCUUCCGGCCCCCAAGGCACCUCUUCACCUGCUGGAGGCCCGAGGACACCGUUGGGACAUGCUCCAUCACACCAAGGCCAGCGAACUUGUUCUGUGACGGCAGGGGACUCUGUGGGAGAGGUGAGGACAAGGGGCAGGAGUAUAGAAAGACAAGUCCUCCCCGUGCAUGGUUUCACCUCACCCAUCCCAUUGUCUCCGACCAAAGCCACUUGCACGCACCUCUCCCGUGGCCCCCUUCCUGUCCACACGUAACUUAUACCCGUGGUGACGUGAGAUGUGACGUGUUGGUCCUGUAUUUAAUGCCUCAAUUGCCUUUGAAGCGUGCUUCCCUCGUGGCCUGUGAUCCCCCCUCCUCACCCCGUCCUGAGCUGGUUUGUUCUGUGGUAUUUAUGCAUUCUCAACCUGCCUGUGGACUUACUUGCAUGCAAGCCCAGUGCCACGGGCCGGAGCACCGUCCAUAGCACGGGUGUGGCCCGUUGCGUCCCUGUUGAUUGGUCUGGCAUUUCCUGUAUUAAAAUGAUCAAAUAAACUGAGUUCUCU